AUGACACCCGAACUAGAGACAUCUAUCAGAGCUUUAUCCCGGUUUGUGAACUCCUCUUGCUUCCGACAGGAUAAACAGAACUCUAACCUAUCGUACAGCUUCUUAGGGUGGGCAUAUAUGCUAUGCUGGUCUGGAUCAUUUUAUCCCCAACCCCUCGGCAACUGGGAGCGCAAAUCCACACUCGGCUUGUCUAUUGAUCUAUGCGCCAUCAAUCCACUGGGCUUUGUCAGUUACGCAAUCUAUACAUCCGCCUUUCUUUAUUCGCCCGUGAUUAGAUCCCAAUAUGCGGACCGGCAUCCUGCCUCCGUUGAGCCGACUGUCCGGUUCAACGACUUUGCAUUUGCAGCCCACGCAGUGGUCCUAAGUUCCAUUGUCUACACCCACUUCUGGCCAUCAAUUUGGGGGUUCUAUGUGGGACGUUCCCAACGGAUAAGCAGGUCAAUGGCGCUCAUUUGGUGGGCAUGUGUUCUGGCGCCCGUGGUGGUUGUGGGCAUAGUGUUGUCGCAAAGUCCGGAUGGCGGGUACGAUGCUUCGUCGUGGGCUUGGAUCGAUGUGAUUUACUCGUUCUCGUACAUCAAGCUCCUGGUCACCAUUGUGAAGUAUAUGCCACAGGUGUACUUGAAUUACAAGCACAAAUCUACCUCUGGAUGGAAAAUUGGGACCUGUCUUUUUGACAUGGCUGGCGGAGUGCUCUCCAUGGCUCAGCUCGUGUUGGACGCCAGCCUCCAGGGGGACUGGAGUGGAAUUACCGGCAAUCCGGUUAAGUUGCUGCUUGGCAACGUCAGCAUCUUUUUCGAUGCAAUCUUCUGUAUUCAACACUACCUUUUAUACCGCAAGAGCUCAGGCCCCAAGGAAACAGCCGGGCCCAGCGAGCAGACACCUCUCUUGGUGGAACAAGGUAAUGCCGAAACUCGGGUUUGA